GUGCUGGGAUCAAGAAAAAUGGACCUUGGCGAUUCAUGUUCCUGGAGUUAUCCAUGCCAGUGGAUGCCCACACACUCCAGAAGAGAAUUUGACAUUGCUGCUGCCAUUGUUACUGUUAUAGCAGAGGUGGCCACCUGUGCUACUGUUUCUGGGAUUACCAUUUCAUAAUUGGUUACUACAGCUAGCACAGUGGAGACCCUGGCAGCAAAAGUAGCUACCACAGUUAAUUAAUCUUUCAUUCUAUUGGGCAUGAUAAAUUUAAUUCAAUAGUUAUGUACAUUUCGACUGGCUUUGAAAAUUAUAAAUUUAUAAACUCAAGUUCCAUUUGCUUUUAGUAUACCAUCUUACAAGGACUCCAAUUUGCAGUAAGGCUCAUUAAGGAAGGGAAUGUUGCCUUUAGCCUACUGGCUAUGGGUGGGUUAGGACUUCUGUUGGUCUUUUCUGUGUCGAACACGCAGAUUGCAAGCCCAGUGCCACUUUGAGAUCUUUGGCAGCUCAUACACUGUUGAGCCUGUAUGAUAAUGAGUAUUCAGAGACGGGUAAUACCUGGGGGGCGCUCACCAACCUAAGACAGAGCACCUGUGUGGCCUGGGCAGGCAUCUCCAUGACAGGUUAGGUGACCUGCUGAUGUCCCAUGCAACCUAAGUCAGAAGCUCAUUUAUUAGUAAAAAGGGGACCUGUAGGGCCCUGGCCCCCGUUUUAGGUAACUGUUGCCUUGCUUGCUGACCUUGAUAUCCUCCCUACGCUAAUUCCCUCCCAGGUUCCACCCUCCUGAAUGCUUAAGGGAAGUUCAUUGUCUAUGUAUCCUGCAUAAUGGGCAUUAACAGCUUAGAUGCAAGAUUGUAAAACAUCUGUAGCGAACUUCUGCCCUCCAGGGUUCUCCCAUUGUGCUGUAAGCCUAUAUUUAAGACCUCCUCCCUCCUUCAAUAAACGGCAUUUGGCAUUAAAAAAACCAACAAAACAAACAAAAAAACCCCUAAAAAACCAAAAAAACAAAAAACAGGGCAACAACAACAAAACAAGACAAAAACAAAAAAACCUCUAAAGAGAAAUGAAAAAUAGUGAAAAAAUUUGGUGCUGUAGCACACAACUAUGGUAAUAUUUUAUUUGUACUGAAAUGUGAUUUUAUUUGUAUGUUAAUAAAUAAAGUUGCCUCGGGGUCAGAGCUAAUAGCAAGCCAUAGUAGAAGCUGGGCAGUGGUGGUGCUCACCUUUAAUCACUUGGGUGCAGAGCUAGGCAGAUCUCUGUGUGUUCAAGGAUACAGCCAGCAUGUAGACACACGCCUUUAAUCUCAGUACCAACCACAGAAGACCUGGAGGUCUGUAUAGACAGGCAGUGAUGAGGAGGUCAUGUGGUUGGGUUUACAACCAAUGAGAAGGCAGAACAGAAAGUCAAUAAAAGGACAGACACACAGGAAGUAGGCCUCUCUUUUCUGAGGGGAAGGAUGACAGCGGCAGCUAAGGGUAAGAAAGGCAGUUUUAAGUCUCAGCUUUCAGCUACUGCUCUGACCUCUUGGGCUUUUAACUCUGCAAUUGGCUCUGUGUUUCUUAUUUAAUAAGACUGUUCAUCUACAUACAACUGUUAAUUUUAGCACUUAGGAAGCUGAAGAAGGAGGAUUGUUGUGAGUUAAAAGACUAGUCUAGGCUAAAGAAUGAGACACUAGCUUGGUGGUGGUGGUGGUGGUGCAUGCCUUUAAUCCCAGCACUUGGGAGGCAGAGACAGGCAGAUUUCUGUGAGUUUGAGGCCAGCAGAAGCAGGCAGACUUCUGAGUUCCGGGCCAGCCUGGCCUACAGAGUGAAUGAAUUCCAGGGUAGCCAGGGUGAAACCCUGUCUUGAAAAUACACACAUACACAAAAGUGUGACACUAUUUCUCACACAUACACACACACACCUCAAAUAAGACCAAACAACAAACAAAGCGGGAGAUUUACAAUGCACACAUCUGAAAUUGACUAAGCAUCUAACAUGCAUAAAAAGAUUCUUAAAAAAUAUGAAGGGCUAGGGACAUAGCUGAAUAGAUCACUUUCCUAGCAUACAUGAGGGCCUGACUUCAAUUCUCUCCCUCAGUCAAUAUGAAAAAGAGAAUACUUAGUUGAAAAAACUGGGGGUGGGGGUGGUCAAUGCUUAAGAGAAGUGGCCAGGAGUGGCGCUAAUUCCAGCACCCUGUAGUCUGAGCCUGGCAGGAUUAGACUGGCCUGGGCUACAGACAGACAAAAACCAAACUACAGAAUACCUAUGCUGUUGUCAAUCCAUUGGAUAAAAACAUAUUUACAUUAUCCUGCGGUGCCGUUGCAAGCUUCUGUGAAAACUGUGGGACAGGCGAGGGUAGGGUUUGUGUGGAUCUCACGAGACUCGAACGUGUACCUGAGAGCAGCCCAGCGCAGGGCAUCACAGCCCCACUGCCCAGUGUCCAACCACCACUCCAAAGGUCGGUGGCCUCGCCUGUGAGGAAGACGAUGGUUCCGCCCGAGUCUGGCUGCUCCGACAUGAGCUCCCUCGGUGGGACGGAGCCGAACCCUGCCCUCCACACAUUCAGUCUCACACCCCCUGACUGUGGUGCCUGGCAGGGCCUCGGAGGGGCGAUGCAGGCCACCGGGGCAGGUGAGCACAGCAUGGCACCUCGGCCUGCAGAGGCACCUGGAGCCUUCUGGGAGCCUGCUGCAGAGAAGUCUCCCCAGAACCGAGCCUGCGGGAAUCCUGGCCACAGCAUCGCAGUGGGCAUCGACAGGGUGGGGCAGGAGGUGGCCUCACCACCCCGGAAGGCCUGGAGGCCACCCCUGACGAAGGCUUCACGUGAGGCUUGCCAGGUCCAGGCGGGGCAAAGGCCCCAGAAAGCUGCAGCGCAGCAAGGCCUGCCCCGAUGGCAUGGCUAAGGCCAAGGCCAAGGUCUAGACAAGACCGACAAGAGCGCAGGGAGGAAGGGGCUGAGAAGCCAUCAGACAUGGAUGUGGAGGCAAACAGUGGGGCGGAGGAGUCAGGGCCGAGCCUCCUGAAUGUGGCUCUGCAGAUGAGGUCCCUGGAGGCUGUCCAGCUGGAUCUGAACACCGUGAAUACCCAGGCCGACUGCGCCCUCCAGCAGCUGGAGCAUGGGCAGAUCCAUCAGUACUAUCUAGAAAGCAGGAACUACGGCAUCCAGAGCAUCCCAGGCUUCUGGAUCACCACCCUUCGGAACUACCCGCAGCUGUUCGAAAUGAUUACGGGGCUGAGAUGUGGAAAUGUUAAGAUACAUAACCAACCUGGAGGUGAAGGAGUCUUUCUAGGGCAAGCUGCCGGUUCAAGUUCUUUUGAAGAAACCCCUUCUUCAGAAACACUCCGAUCGUCAAGGACUACAAGGUCAGACCCACUGGCCAAGUGGUAUCACUCUCCACUCCAAUCAUAUGGCGCCCUGGCCAUGAAUCUCAGCCCUUCAUUCAUGGGAACCAGGAUGCCACGUGUAGUUUCUUCACCUGGCUUCCAGACCACAGCCAUCCAGAGCGUGACAGGAUCACACAGAUAAUCAAAGAGGACCUCUGGCCAAACCCACUGCAAUACUAUCCCUUACACGCAGGGGCCGCUAGAGCCAAAUGUCACAAGAUAAGAGACCCUGUGGAGAUCCCUAGGCCCUUUGGGUUCCAGUCUGGUUAACCAUUGCCCAUGUGAUUACUCCCAUACAGGUCCUCUACAACUCACUGCUGGACCAGUGACUAGACAACAGAAACGGGUAUGCCUUUUAUUGUGUUGACAUUUCUGUACCCUCCUUCUUUUAAACUUCUGUUUUUAAACUUUUUCAGCUACAAGACUGAAACUUUAUGAUUCUGUUGCCUUGUUUCCAUAUGGUCUUUUUUGCAUUUUUUGCAUAUGCGCUUUUUUGCAUUUGUAUCAUAUGAUGUCAAGUUCACCUAUUCUAAACCAAGCAAAUGAUGCUGUACAUUUCACCCUCUUUAUCUGCAUUGUUUGGACACUAUUUGUUUUCCAGGGCCUUUGGUCUACCACCUAGAUUUCAAGCUAUUCCUGGAAACAUGCUCUUCCCUUCUCUACAUUUGUCAGUAUAGACAUAUUGCCUGUGGACAACCGCUGAAGACUGAUGACAUUGAGAGCAUUAAUGGGCCAUUUGGUCUGUGCAACUUACAUGGUUCCAUGUUGUUGCUGCUACAGGAUUUCCACACUUGAGUUGCUGCCAGUGGAUGAACAAACACCAGACCAUUGACUGUUAUCAGCUACCAUUUUCUGUUGUCUGGUAAACAAGGAUCUCCAGAACUAGUAAGGGAGCAAGACUUUCUGCCAGAGUAUGAUUCUUUCCUCCUUAAGG